AUGAAACCCCUUCCCUUCCCGUUCCCUCUGAACGUCGGCACAGACAUCGUCCACAUCCCCCGAAUAGCCCGUCUCCUCGCCCGACCCGACUACCUACCGCGCUUCACGCGCCGCAUCCUCUGCGAGCAAGAGCAGAAUGACUUCCAUAAGCGCUUCAGCGAAGCCCUCAAAGCACGCGCCGCAUACCAUCAACAACCACCACCGGUGCCCGCAGACAUAACGCGCUGGCUUGCGGGGCGCUUCGCGGCAAAGGAGGCGGCGCGUAAAGCUGCGCCGUCCGGUGCAGCUUCUAUUGGCUGGAAGGAUGUCAUGGUGAGGAUCCAGGAGGAUGGGGGCAAAUUUGGAGAGGAUGUGAGCCGGAGGCCUGAGAUUGUUUAUCUUGGGAAUACGCAAGAUGGAGAAUUGAGUGAGGGCAGGGUCGCAAAGCUAUCUAUUUCCCAUGAUGGGGAGUAUGUUGUUGCUACAGUUUUGGCCGCUGGAUGA